UCUUCACCACUACAAUUACCAGAAACGAUAAGAGUUGACCCCGUUUUCCACGUCUCACUAUUAAACCUCUAUCACUCUAAUGAAUUUGAAAAUAGAAACAUUACACCACCGCCACCUAUAUUAAUAGGAGUUAGAUUGUUAGUUGAUGAGUUUGAAAAAGGAAUGGGUUUGUCUUUAAGUGGAGGAGAGUGUAAAGAGAUAGAUUAUCUCUUCAAAGAUCUUAAAGCAAAGCCAU